AUGUGCAGCAGUGUUUCUCCCGCUGGCCCCACCUGUGAGUUCCAGCUCGGCUCACUGACUUCACAUCGUGAUGGACCAACGGCCAUCAAAGUGUUGGUGUCAGAAGGGAGUGAUGUUACAUUACCCUGUUCCCUCAGCACCAAGGAGAACAUCGAGCAGAAACUCUUUGACUGGAGGAAACAUGAUGGUAUGACGGGGGUGUUCAUGUAUGAUAAAGGCCUCCAUCACAACAACGGUGGUUCAGGUCAAGAUGAGCAGUUCAAAGGUCGAGUCUUUCAUUUCCAAGAUGAGCUGAAACAUGGCAACGCCUCCAUCAUCAUCAGAAAUAUAAAGAUGGCUGACAGUGGAGACUACACCUGCUUUUUUCCACUUCUUCAGACACCUCAAAUAUUCCACAUUGAUCUUGUUGUUGUUUCAUCUCCAGAGCCAAACAUCACAAUACCAAGUGACACAGAUGAUGGAGUGCAGCUGCAGUGUGAGGUUCAUGGUGCUCCUUCAAAACCUAAAGUAGAGUGGAAGGACAGUGAUGGAAACAUCCUUCCUGCUGAGGAGACACAGGUCACAGACAGAGGAGGCAGCUAUGACAUCAUCCUCCAAACUACUGUGACCAAGACCGACCGCUAUCACUGUGUGGUCACACAGGAGGAAAUCAACCAUCAGAUUCAUGCUGAGAUAUAUGUGUAUAUCACUGACAACAGCAGAGGAGGAUGGGUCACUGCAGGGCUUAUUGGAGCUGCUGUAAUUGUAGUUAUUAUAGUGGCUUUUGCUCGAAAGAACAUCACAAGACCUGAUACAGGUUCAACUCCAGGGACAAAGUUACACGGCCAUUGA